AUGUUACUGCUACGGUCAGUCCGAGCUCAUCAGCUCUUGCAAUUAGUUUCCUUCCUCCUAUUCACUCUUGUUUAUGGUGAAGAUUCUUGUCCACUCCAAACUCCCUUAUAUCCUCCACCGCGGAAUCUCCUCUCCAGGCAAGAUGUCAAGUCGGCUUCCAAAAGCCUUAGUCAAACGAUCGAAGAAGCCCUGACUACUGGUAUCACUGAUCUCGGCUCACUGCCUCUCAACACAACGACCUUCGCUGUCAAAGUCUUCUCUUCUCACACGGAGGACUCUAUAUACGAGUACAUCUACACCUCGCCAACCUACAGUCCAAAACCGGGUGCUGGAGCAGAAAAGACGGCACUCGAUAGCGUUUAUCGGGUUGCAAGCAUUUCGAAACUCAUUACGGUGUUGACCUUGCUGGCACAUGACGGAUAUACUCACUGGAACCAUCCAAUUACAGAUUUCAUUCCAGAGCUAGAUAUAUUGGCUCGUAACCAAAGCUCUCGUCUUCAAUGGAGGGAGGUCACUCUCGGUGAUUUGGCGGCACAGCUGAGUGGUGUGCCCCAUGAUUCAUUCCUCAGCGGCAUCGUCAGCGAAGAUCCAACGUUUGCUCCAGGUACCACAGCCGCCUACUCCAAUGCAGCCUACCAGCUUUUGCGUUACGCGAUGGAAAACAUCACUGGAACCGACUUUCCGUCCAUGUUCCAGAACAGCAUAGUCAAGCCUCUCAAUCUCAACUCAACAAGCUUGCUCGCCCCGGGGAACGCCAGCGUUGGUAUCAUUCCGGUUAAUGAGACGGUCAGUGUGUGGGACUUUGAUCUUGGUGAUGGCGACGCAUUUGGAGGUGCAUACUCGAGUGCGCAUGAUCUUGCCGUCAUUGGUCGUUCCAUCCUUCAGUCCCUUUCUAGAUCCUCAGCACUGAACCUCUCGUCAACCUUAGCCCGUCACUGGCUCAAACCAUUGAGCCACACCACCAGCUUCAAAACCUCCGUCGGGGCCCCCUGGGAGAUCUUCCGCUAUGAGUUACCAAACCGACCUAACCAUGUCAUCGAUGUCUACAGUAAAUCCGGAAACCUGGGAGCAUACGCCGAUAUCAUCGCGCUCAUUCCGGAGUAUGACAUUGGUUUUUCAAUUACAGCUGCUGACCUCCCGACGAACCCUCUAACAAAUGUUUGGGGCCUAGCAGACCUGAUCAUCGACCGGCUCUCUCCUGCAUUUGACAAGGCCGCCCAACAAGAGGCCAACGCGACUUAUGCAGGAACAUACAAGGUACAGGGAGCUAAUUCUACCACUGAUUCAUAUGUGGCGAUCACAACAGAUCACUAUAAGCCCGGCCUGCAGGUAGCUGAAUGGGUGAGUAACGGCGUUGACUUUCUUCAGUCCCUCGCUGCUCUUUCGGGGUUCGAAGGGCUAGCCGUUAGGCUAUAUCCCACUGGUAUUGAGGAGACCGUACCCGGAGAAUCCUCCAAGCGGGUGUUUUUCCGCAGUACGUUCGACUACGAUACGUCUGGACAAUCAAAGGGCGUUAUCUCUGCCUGUCAGUCUUGGCUCAAUGUUGAUGGCUCUCGAAUUGGUAACAUCGGCGUUGACGAGUGGGUGUUUACGCUUGAAAAUGGCCAGGCAAGCAGUGCUGAGCCCCGAAUAUUGAGGAAGCGGUUGCGUCGGCUAUAG